GCCGCAGCCGACGCGGCAGCCACGGCCGCAGGAGGUCGCCGCAAAGUCCGCGCAGCCCGUCCCGCCCAGGGCCGCGCGGCCUCCGCAGCGCCGGGGGGUUGCACGCCGCGGCGAGCCACGCCUGAUGGCCCCGAUGCAGUCGACGCCGAUGGACACGGUGACCCCAGAUGUUCCUGAAGUGGAGACGCUGCUGGUGGAGAGCGAUCAGGGCGGCACCCGAGCGGAUCUCCUGAGUCCGCUGAGGGCCCGCGCCGUGAGCGUCGUCGCGGUGCUGCUCCUCGUGGCGGGCUGCCUGGCGCUCGCGUCGGCGGCGGCCCGCGAGCCGGUGAAGCCGCAGGUGGCACCAGGCGGCCUUGUCCGGCUCGUGAAGGUCGACGGAAAGGCCAAGGGGAAGCCGCAGCCCGUUCAGGC